GUUGACAGGAAGAGCCGCUUGUUUACAGUUAGCACAUAGGAAGCGAUGUAUUUGCUCCACGUUAACAGUUAAAAAAACGAAUAUCUUCUCCACUGUUAAAUACGGGGAUUGCUUACCUAUCGGCAAUUUACAUGAUAUAGUAGUUUUUGUGUCUAUUGGCAUGAGUAUCAACUGAAGUGCUUAUAACUGAAGAGUAAGUGACAACCAAUGCGAUGACUACUUUUAGCAAGGUUAGCUUGCGAGCGUAGCCAUCUAACUGGCUGUUCAUACAUAGAAGUGGCACUCAACCAAACAGGUAACACAAACUUCGAUGUGACAUUGACUGGCUAUACUACCUUAUUUCCUUGCUACCUAGCCAUUUGUCAAGCAACCAGAGUCUAGCUAGCAAAAAUAAGAUGAUUAGGUUAGCUAGUAGCUAGCUAGCCAGGUGUAGACACCCUUCCCUUACCGAGUGCCAUUUUGCUAUGUUUACUCUGCAGGACACAGGUCCAGGAAGGUGGUUAGCGUGACCUAGCUAGUAUAAACUUCAAUCAAUCAACCAUGUGAGCUAGUCAGAUGUGUAUCACUCAACAUGCAGAUACUAGCUAGCUAACUAGUUUAUCAGACAACUUCAGUUGUUGACGUAGCUAGGCAUUGUAGCUAUCUGUCAUCUGAUGAUUAAGAAGAAGGUAUUUGACCAUUUGAUGUAUUUUCAAUUAGGAACUAUUGAUGAUGAUUAUGGUUUAGACAAAUUAUGUAAUGUAUAUGAACUUGAUACUGCAUUUGCACUUUUGUAUAGUUUAUUUAAUGAUCUUGAUGAUGUUGUCCUGAAGGUGUUCAAUGUCUGUUUUUUAUGUGGUGAAGUUGAAAAAAAACAUUUCCACAAUGUGUGGGACAAUAACGUUUUUCUAAUUCUAUUUUAAAUCCCUGUACAGUGUGAUUGUCAGGCCGGUGUCCCGAACAACUGCAUCGAGGGGUGAGCGACCAUGGGCGCGGAGAGCAGCGCUAUGAGGAGCAUCGUCUUGGAGGAACCACUCCUAACCCUGCCCUCAGGGCUGACCAUGUACUCUGCCGUGCUCCAGGAUGGCAAGCCGGCUUCCGUGUUUGUUCACAAGCAGGGCAACGAAGACAAAGUCAACAAAGCUGCUAAGGUAAAACACAUAUGGUAUCUAUAAAACAUUUAUUCCAGACUGAGUAUGGCAUCACCCAUGUGAGUGACACAGCCGUCUCAUUGUUGCCUGGGUACAUUUACAUUUACAUUUUAGUCAUUUAGCAGACGCUCUUAUCCAGAGCGACUUACAGGAGCAAAUUAGGGUUAAGUGCCUUGCUUAAGGGGCACCAUCGGAAAUUUUUCACCUAGUCGGCUCUGGGGAUUAGCAACCAGCGACCUUUGGUUACGGCACAACCUCUUUACACACUAAGCUAUCUGCCGCCAGGGGCAGGUCAUGUUAGCGUCGUUCACUCCUUGUCACUUCUUGUAUGCCCGUUUAGCAUGACAACAUUUACAUUACUUUUAGUAUUAGCAGACGCUCUGAUCCAGAGCGACUUCAGGAGCAAUUAGGGUUAAGUGCUUGAUUAAGGGCACAGACAGAUUUUUCACCUAGUCGGCUCGGGGCAUUAGAACAGCGACAUUUCGGUUACUGGCACAACGCCUUAACCACUAAGCACCAUAUGCCCUAAAAAGAAGUCUGCAACACAGGAGGAAGGCCUACUUACAGCAUCAAGCAACAAGGAGAGGAACGUUGAAAAGGAAAAGGCGCAACGCUCGCUUAUUCAAGCAACUAAGUGGAAUGUUGAGUGGAAUGUUGGCACAAACAGACUGGAUUUCUCCAGGCUAGUCACAUUUGGGCAAGGCAUCGCCAGCGUCUGUCUGUUGCCAUGGCUGUAAUAUAUAUAUAUAUCCUCACCAUGAUAAAAUGGUCACUAAUUUGGUUGAGCCUUGUUAUAUACACUGCUCAAAAAAAUUAAGGGAACACUUAAACAACACAUCCUAGAUCUGAAUGAAUGAAAUAAUCUUAUUAAAUACUUUUUUCUUUACAUAGUUGAAUGUGCUGACAACAAAAUCACACAAAUUAUCAAUAGAAAUCAAAUGUAUCAACCCAUGGAGGUCUGGAUUUGGAGUCACCCUCAAAAUUAAAGUGGAAAACCACACUACAGGCUGAUCCAACUUUGAUGGAAUGUCCUUAAAACAAGUCAAAAUGAGGCUCAGUAGUGUGUGUGUGGCCUCCACGUGCCUGUAUGACCUCCCUACAACGCCUGGGCAUGCUCCUGAUGAGGUGGCGGAUGGUCUCCUGAGGGAUCUCCUCCCAGACCUGGACUAAAGCAUCCGCCAACUCCUGGACAGUCUGUAGUGCAACGUGGCGUUGGUGGAUGGAGCGAGACAUGAUGUCCCAGAUGUGCUCAAUUGGAUUCAGGUCUGGGGAACGGGCGGCCCAGUCCAUAGCAUCAAUGCCUUCCUCUUGCAGGAACUGCUGACACACUCCAGCCACAUGAGGUCUAGCAUUGUCUUGCAUUAGGAGGAACCCAGGGCCAACCGCACCAGCAUAUGGUCUCUCACAAGGGGUCUGAGGAUCUCAUCUCGGUACCUAAUGGCAGUCAGGUUACGUCUGGCGAGCACAUGCGGCCCCCCAAAGAAAUGCCACCCCACACCAUGACUGACCCACCGCCAAACCGGUCAUGCUGGAGGAUGUUGCAGGCAGCAGAACGUUCUCCACGGCGUCUCCAGACUCUGUCACAUGUGCUCAGUGUGAACCUGCUUUCAUCUGUGAAGAGCACAGGGCGCCAGUGGCAAAUUUGCCAAUCUUGGUGUUCUCUGGCAAAUGCCAAACGUCCUGCACGGUGUUGGGCUGUAAGCACAACCCCCACCUGUGGACGUCGGGCACUCAUACCACCCUCAUGGAGUCUGUUUCUGACCGUUUGAGCAGACACAUGCACAUUUGUGGCCUGCUGGAGGUCAUUUUGCAGGGCUCUGGCAGUGCUCCUCCUUGCACAAAGGCGGAGGUAGCGGUCCUGCUGCUGGGUUGUUGCCCUCCUACGGCCUCCUCCACGUCUCCUGAUGUACUGGCCUGUCUCCUGGUAGCGCCUCCAUGCUCUGGACACUACGCUGACAGACACAGCAAACCUUCUUGCCACAGCUCGCAUUGAUGUGCCAUCCUGGAUGAGCUGCACUACCUGAGCCACUUGUGUGGGUUGUAGACUCCGUCUCAUGCUACCACUAGAGUGAAAGCACCGCCAGCAUUCAAAAGUGACCAAAACAUCAGCCAGGAAGCAUAGGAACUGAGAUGUGGUCUGUGGUCACCACCUGCAGAACCACUUCUUUAUUGGGGGUGUCUUGCUAAUUGCCUAUAAUUUCCACCUGUUGUCUAUUCCAUUUGCCCAACAGCAUGUGAAAUGUAUUGUCAAUCAGUGUUGCUUCCUAAGUGGACAGUUUGAUUUCAGAAGUGUGAUUGACUUGGAGUUACAUUGUGUUGUUUAAGUUUUCCCUUUAUUUUUUUUGAGCAGUGUAUUUAAGCCUUAGCAGACAGUCUUACCCGGAGUGAUUUACAGUAAGUGUGACAUACAUGCUGCUACUCAUGAUGUGAGGCUACUGGAGGGCAUUGAUAUGUAUGUAGCUGUCGUUACCAAGGAAAUCACUAACAUCCCAUUGGUAUCGUGAAAAUAACCCAUCAAGGAAGUACAGUAUUUAAAGGGAUAAGGCUACAUCCACAUCACUCCUGCCUCUCCCCUCCCCUCCCGUCCUGUACUGUCUUUUUAGCACCUGAAGAAAUGAUCGUUUUACACUCAUCCUACUUUGCACAAGAGUGAGCUGCUGGACAGAAAAAGAAGAGCCACUAAUGAGUAUUACUUCCCUGUAGCACCUGAAGACCCUGAGGCACCCGUGUCUGCUGCAUUUCCUGUCAUGCUCGGUGCAGGACGGGGGUAUCCACCUGGUGACAGAGCGUGUGCAGCCUCUGGCGCCCCUGCUGGACAGCCUGACUCCGGAGGAGUUGUGUGCAGGCAUCUACGACCUGCUACAGGCCCUGAUCUUCCUGCACGAGAGGGUAAGGAAGACAGACAGACAGACAGACACACACUAUUAUUGAAGACUCCCUGCAGGCAUCUAUUUUUUUUUGUUGUUGCGUAAAACCGAAGUGGUGGAAGGGAACGUUUUUUUAACAUGUAAGAAACUCUUUCACAUGAUUCUGCACUGUUCAGUAUUACAGUUCUCAUUUCUGUUAUAACACGUCUUCUUUCUCCUCACAGGGAAAGUCGAGCCACAACAACGUCUGCACGUCGUCUGUGUUCGUCAGUGAAGACGGCCAUUGGAAGCUGGGGGGGAUGGAGACUGUCUGCAAGUUCUCUGAGGCUACCCCAGAGGUGACUGACAGUUCAGCUGGACAGAAAGAAAGAACUAAUCUACUUCACAACAAUGGAACACAGCAUAGCACUGUAGUUUGUGUGACUGAUUUAAUAACAGCAUUUUCCAUCACUAUAGUCUGUAGUUAUUUGAAGUGUUUUUAAAGGUAUCUUCUAUUGUCCACCUCAGUUUCUCAGCAGCAUUCAGAAUGUGAGGGAGAGCAGUACUGUUCCUCCGGAGGAGCGGGUAAGGAUAACAGGCUCAUCACUGUUCUUUUAGCCUUGUUUUAUUAUUGGUCAUUAUGCUUACAGUCUUUUAAUUCAUAGAAUCAUUCUUUGCAGGUGGAAGGCUUUAAAACGCUGCCAGAUAAGCAUGCGCACUCUCGAGACUGCUUCUCUUUUGGAAUGAUGGUGGAAACCCUCAUCCCUCUCCUGAAUUUGAAAAUAAACAAUUCUCUCAAUGGCUAUGGUGAGUGGAGAAGCUUCAAAGCCUCAACCUGAUUGACUGUGGGACAUUCCAUUCUAACCUUGAACAGAAUACUUGUACAAUAGGAUGGAAUGGCAGUUUUUUUUUUAUUUUUACGAUAGUGAACAUUAUGCUUGAUGAUCAUAUCUCUGACUUUGUCUCUUUCUCCUUUGCCUGGUCUUGUCUUCCCCUCAUCCUCCCUGUCCUCUCUCCUGUAAAAAACAUUAGGAACACCUUCCUAAUAUUGAGUUGCCCCCCUCCCUUUUGCCUUCAGAACAGCCUCAAUUCGUCGGGGCAUGGACUCUACAAGGUGUCGAAAGGGUUCCACAGGGACGUUGGCCCCAUGUUGACUCCAAUGCUUACCACAGUUGUCAAGUUGGCUGGAUGCCCUUUGGGUGGUGGACCAUUCUUGAUACACACGGGAAACUGUUGAGCGUGAAAAACCCAGCAGCGUUGCAGUUCUUGACACAAACCAGUGCGCCUGGCACCUACUACCGUACCCCGUUCAAAGGCACUUCAAUCUUUUGUCUUGCCCAUUAACCCUCUGAAUGGCACACAUACACAAUCCAUGUCUCAAGGCUUAAAAAUCGUUAUUUCACCUGGCUCCUCCCCUUCAUCUACACUGAUUUUGAAGUGGAAUUAACUUGUGACAUCAAUAAGGGAUCAUAGCUUACACCUGGAUUCACCCAGUUACUCUAUGUCAUGGGUAUUCAACUCUGAUCCUACGAGGUCCGGAGCCUGCUGGUUUUUCUGUUCUACCUGAUAAUUAAUUGCACCCACCUGGUGUCCCAGGUCUAAACCAGUCCCUGAUUAGAGGGGAACAAUGGGGGGGGGGGGGGGGGGGGGGGAGACAAUGGAAGUGGCUUUGAGGUCCAGAGUUGAGUUUGAGGGGUCUGUCAUGGAAGGAGCAGCUGUUUGUAAUGUUUAAUACUCACUGUGUAUUAGGGCUGAAGGGCUGACCCCAAUUAGUCGACUGGUCGAUUGUUGGGUCGUUAGGCUGUUGGUCGACCGAGAUUGUUUUAGUCGGGCAGUAACAUGUAUAUAUUUGAGCCCAUCUCAGUGAACUAAUCCAUUGCGGAGGCCUAGACUAAAAGCCAAUUCAUGCUUGAUCCGAAAAUGUGGUCGGAGGCUCCAUUUGGAGGUGUGUGACGCAAAUGCGGACCCUCCGGAGGCCAAAUUGAGCUCUGUACUGCAUCGCCAUGCGGAGGGCUCUGUAUAGCUCCGCAUUGACAUGAUUGGUUGACGGUAGGUGGGGGCGGUACAUCCUGUGUAAACACAAACUCACUUCCUUGACAACUUCCUUGACAACAGCUCUGCACUGCUCCGGGAAGCGCAAGAAGUAUGAAUGCCCUGACUUGUGCUGAGGCCGUAUCACCGUAAAUGCUGCAUGGCCAAUGCAGACACGGAUUGACCCUGCGCCCAGAUGCACAAUGAACUUCUCUCUCCAGAAUGCGCUCUCUCCCGCCAAUUUAUGCACAUGAAUUGUAUCAUAACUUCAUUGUGUGAAUUGUUUGCUUUGCUUGUUAGUGUAUAUCAAUUCCCCAUUACAUACAGUACCAGUCAAAAGUUUGGACACACCUGCUCAUUCAACGGUUUUCUUUAUUUUUACUAUUUUCUACAUUGUAGAAUAGUAUUGAAGUCAUCAAAACUAUGAAAUAACACAUAUGGAAUCAUGUAGUAACCAAAAAAGUGUUAAACAAAUAUAUUUUAUAUUUGAGAUUCUUCAAAGUAACCACCCUUUGCCUUGAUGACAGCUUUGCACACUAUUGGCAUUCUCUCAACCAGCUUCAUGAGGUAGUCACCUGGAAUGCUUUUCCAACAGUCUUGAAGGAGUUUCCACAAAUGCUGAGCACUUGUUGGCUGCUUUUCCUUCACUCUGCGGUCCGACUCAUCCCAAACCAUCUCAAUUGGGUUGAGGUCGGGUGAUUGUGGAGGCCAGGUCAUCUGAUGCAGCACUCCAUCACUCUCCUUCUUGGUAAAAUAGCCCUUACACAGCCUGGAGGUGUGUUGGGUCAUUGUCCUGUUGAAAAACAAAUGAUAAUCCCACUAAACGCAAACCAGAUGGGAUGGCGUAUCGCUGCAGAAUGCUGUGGUAGCCAUGCUGGUUAAGUGUGCAUUGAAUUCUAAAUAAAUCACUGAGUGACACCAGCAAAGCACCAUCACACCACCUCCUACAUGCUUCACGGUGGGAACCACACAUGCAGUGAUCAUCCGUUCACCUACUCUACGUCUCAAAAAAGCCACGGCGGUUGGAACCAAAAAUCUCAAAUUUGGACUCAUCAGACCAAAGGACAGAUGUCCACCGGUCUAAUGUCCAUUGUUCGUGUUUCUUGGCCCAAGCAAGUCUUCUUCUUCUUAUUGGUGUCCUUUAGUAGUGGUUUCUUUGCAGCAAUUUGACCAGGAAGGCCUGAUUCACGCAGUCUCCUCUGAACAGUUUAUUUUGAGAUGUCUGUUACUGUGAAGCAUUUAUUUGGGCUGCAAUCUGAGGUGCAGUUAAUUGCCGAUUUCUGAGGCUGUUAACUCUAAUGAACUUAUCCUCUGCAGCAGGUCCUCAUGAGAGCCAGUUUCAUCAUAGCGCUUGAUGGUUUUUGCGACUGCACUUGUCUUAAAGUAAUGAUGGACUGUCGUUUCUCUUUACUUAUUUGAGCUGUUCUUGCCAUAAUAUGGACUUGGUCUUUUACCAAAUAGGGCUAUCUUCUGUAUACCCCCCCACCUUGUCACAACACAACUGAUUGGCUCAAACACAAAUUAACAAGGCACACCUGUUAAUUGAAAUGUAUUCCAGGUGACUACCUCAUGAAGCUGGUUGAGAGAAUGCCAAGAGUGUGCAAAGCUGUCAUCAAGGCAAAGGUUUGCUACUUUGAAGAAUCUCAAAUAUAAAAUAUAUUUUGAUUUGUUUAACACUUUUUUUGGUUACUACAUGAUUCCAUAUGUGUUAUUUCAUAGUUUUGAUGUCUUCACUAUUAUUCUACAAUGUAGAAAAUAGUACAAAUAACGAAAAACCCUUGAAUGAGUAGGUGUGUCCAAACUUUUGACUGGUACUGUAUAUCACCAGUAGUACAUUUACCGUUAAUUCCUAUAAUUUCUAAUCUACAAUGUUUGUUACUUUGGUUAUGGUAAUUUAAUUUAAUGCGUUCAAUAUUAUUAUUCCAGUCUUCCCGUUAUCAUUGUCGGAGUGGACACAUUGUUUGCAGAGUGCACAACCUAGGCUACACUUGUGAGAAACAUGUUUUGGUUUAUUUAAUUCCAUUUACAAGUUUUCAAUUUAGUGAUUUGUCUUUUGUUUGGAGCGCUCCUGUCAAUGUUGCGUAAGGACACGCACUUGAUUACGCAUAGAAGUAUAUAGGCCUAUAGGCUACAUGGCCUGCGCACAAAUGUAGGGAUGUAAAUGUACCCAUUUGGUGAUCUGAUAGUAUUUCUGAUUGGCUUAACGCAAUGACCUGUGGAGCUUCUCAAAGUAAUGUUUUCUUCACCUCAAACGGCAAGCAAACAAAGUCUGUUUUUACAUCCAUUGAGAAUUACAGUCGUCCCUCAAUGUAUUUUAAAAUUCUUUCCAGCUCUCACCCUUUCGAUAAAAGUAAAAGGGAAAACUGUCAUGCUCUGAUCCAAUGGAAACGUCAUAAAAUAGGCCUACCUGAUUUAUUUCUUAUCAGUGCUUGACUUGGACUGAAAUAGGUGCCGGUACUCAUUUUGGGUGCUGGUACUGUUUAUAUUUAGGUGCAGGAGCUCCACAAUACUUUUGAGCUAAUAUUCUAUAAGAGGAACAGGAGCUGAAGCAGUAGACAUUUUGAGGUGCCGGUACUCAGCUCCGGUGAGCUCCUGUCCAAGUCAAGCACUGCUUCUUAUCCCUUGCGCAAAUAGCUACAGCUGUGUCUGUCCUAAGCUCACUGGUGCAGGAAACUCUAAGGGCCCAGAAUAUUUUAUACAAUGUUGCAAAUUCGUUAGUGCAAGCUUCAGGCCAGACCCAAGUUAAUAGUUGAUACAAUGUUUCAAGUUCGUUGCAGACAGGCCAUGUGUAGCCAAUGUGAUUGAUAGGAUAUUUAUUUUUAUCAGGAUAUUUUCUACCAGCGGGCUGCAAUGUUUUUAUUUGUUGGCUUUAUGGAGGCUAUUUUUACGUAGUUGGCAAUGACAAUAGCAGUGACUUUUUGGAUUUAAUUUUGAUUAACCACAUGACAAUGAUUUUGAGAUAUGAAGACGUUAUUAUAUAUUAAAUAACUGUUUCACGAAAAUGUGCAUACGAAAACCAUAACUGGCACGCAGAUCGGUAGAAAUGGUAAGAUAAAUUGGCAUUCAACAUGAGAAAGGUUGCCGACUCCUCGUGUAGCCUGUUACUGGCAACUUCAGGAGAGUAAUGGCAGACUCUGUGAAAGCCAGCAGGAGCGGGAGGAGAGUAGAUCUCUGGCUCCCUCUUGAGGCAUUUGUCUUAUUUCAUCAAACCGUAAGCUUAAGGCAUCAGACAAGCUCAAUGCAUAUAGGUGAUUUUAUUAAAACAUAGGGUGUGUGUAUAUAUGGAAAAAAUACAAGUUUAAAAAUUCAGACCAAUCGAUUGGUCGACAGAACAGACGACUUUCGGUCGACAGAUUUUUUUGUUAGGCGGGGACAGCCCUGCUGUGUGUACAGCGAGCUACAAAAGUAUUGGGACAGUGACACAAUUUUUGUUGUUUUGGCUCUUUACUCCAGCACUUUGGAUUUGAAAUGAUACAAUGAUUUAUGAGGUUAAAGUGCCUCAGGACUACCUGGCCUGAUGACUCCUGGCUGUCCCCAGUCCACCUGGUCGUGCUGCUGCUCUAGUUUAAACUGUUCUGCCUGCGGCUAUGGAACCUGUUCACCGGAAGUGCUACCUUGUCCAGGACUUGCUGUUUGACUCCAUCUCUCACUCUCUCCCUCUCUCUCUCUCUCUCUCGCUGUCUCGACCUAUGAAAAGCUAACUGACAUUUACUCCUAAGGUGCUGAACUGAUGCACCCUCUACAACCACUGUGAUUAUUAUUUGACCCUGCUGGUCAUCUAUGAACGUUUGAACAUCUUGAAGAACAAUCUGGCCUUAAUGUCCAUGUACUCUUAUAAUCUCCACCCGGCACAGCCAGAAGAGGACUGGCCACCCCUCAGAGCUUGGUUCCUCUCUAGGUUUCUUCCUAGGUUCCUGCCUUUUCUAGGGAUUUUUUCCUAGCCACCGUGCUUCUAUAUCUGCAUUGCUUGCUGUUUACAUCUGCUGAUGUAAAAAGGGCUUUAUAAAUAUGUUUUUUUGAUUGAUUAAAGUGCAGACUGUCAGCUUCAAUUUGAGGGAACUCACUGUAUAAUCUCUCUUUCUGCAGUCUCUGAAGAGUUAUCAGGCAGUCUGAAGAGGACUCUCCAAGCAGGCCUGUUGACCUCUGACCCCCUGUCUCGGCCCUCUCUCAGCUCCCUACUCACUCACGACUUCUUCAGAAAUGACUUUCUGGAGGUCAUGAAUUUCCUGAAAAGCCUGACCCUGAAAACGGAGGAAGAGAAGAAUGAAUUCUUUAAGUGAGUGAGUGACUGUGUGUGCAUAUAAAUAGGCUGUUAGUGAUUCAGUGACAGCUCUGCCUUUAUCAUCGGUACUACUAUGGCUGACCCUGUAAAACAACACAUUUCACUGCACCUAUCCGUGUAUGUGACAAUACAACAUGUUCUCUUUUUUUUAUUAUUUAUUUCCUCGUACAAAAUGUCUGCCAAUCAACUUGUUACUGUCUGAGCCCACAGAAAGUAUCCUCUGUCUGUACGGUAGGUUUCUGUUGGACCGGGUGCAGAGCCUGCCAGAGGAACUGAUAGCGACGCGUCUUGUCCCAAAACUCCUCAACAGGAUGGUGUUAGCUGAACCCACCGCUGUGAAGAGCUUUCUGCCUCACCUCUUAAAGCCAAAGAAGGGUUUGUGUCUGUCUGUCUGUCUUUUUUUUUUAUUUAUUGGCUAUUUAUCACCCAUGUGGAGCACUCUGGGUCACUUGGAUGGAAAAGUACUGAGGAUAAUAGCGGACGAUAUUGCUGCUCCUAUUUGCCAUCUCUUCAAUCUAAGCCUACAGGAGAGUGUGUGUGUGCCCUCAGGCCUGGAGGGAAGCAAAAGUCAUUCCACUACCCAAGAAUAGCAAAGCACCUUUUACUGGCUCAAACAGCUGACCAAACAGCCUGUUACAAACCCUUCGUAAACUUUUGGAAAAAAUUGUGUUUGACCAGAUAUAAUGCUAUUUCACAGGAAACAAAUGAACAAAAGCUUUUCAGUACGCUUAUAGGGACGGGCAUUCAACAUGUGUGCGGCUUACACAAAUGACUGAUGAUUGGCUGAGAUACAUUUAUAAUAAAAAGAUUGUGGGAGCUGUUUUGUUAGACUUCAGUGCAGCUUUUGACAUUAUCGAUCAUAAUCUGCUGCUGACAAAAACGUGUUAUAGCACGGGAUGGGCAAUUUUGAUGGGGGUGGAUGCCACAAAAAAACAGAAUUCAUCACGAGGGGCUGCAGUGGCUGCGCACUCACAUCGUCCCCUCCCCACCCACAUCGUCCCCCCCCUCCCCCCACCUUGCCCACGAAGAGAAAAUAUUUAAGUUUUCAAGUUCAUUUCCUGCAAUUCUGCACAUUUUGCCAUGGGGCUGAGAGAAGAUUUAGCAAUUUUUUCAACUAUACUGAACAAAAAUAUAAACGCAACAACUGAGUUACAGUUCAUAUAAAGACAUCAGUCAAUUGAAAUAAAUUCAUUAGGCCCUAAUAUAUGGAUUUCAUAUGACUGUACAGGGGCGCAGCCAUCGAUGGGCCUCGGAGGGCAUAGGCCAUACCCACUUGUGAGCCAGGCCCAGCUAAUCAGAAUGAGUUUUUCCCCACAAAAGAGCUUUGUUACAGACACAAAUACUCCUCAGUUUCAUCAGCUGUCUGGGUGGCUGGUCUCAGACGAUCCCGCAGGUGAAUUUAACUGACAUGAGCUAAUUGAGUGACUGCUGAUGCACAACCACAUUUUGAAAUUGCACCUUGUGUAUUCUAUUAUUCAAACUCGCAACAGUAAAUUGAGACCCCGACUGAUAAAAAAAAUGGGUCCGUGGGCCUACAAAAGUUGCCCAUCCCAGUGUUAUGGCUUCACAUCCUCUGCUAUAUUAUGGAUCGAGAGUUACCGGUCUAACAGAACACAAAGGGUGUUCUUUAAUGGAAGCCUCCAGCAUAAUCCAGGUAGUCAGGCAUUCCUCAGGGCAGCUGUCUAGGCCCCUUAUUUUGUGACCUGACACUGGCUCUGAGUAAAGCCAGUAUGUAUGCGGAUGACUCCGUAUAUUCAACUACCACAGUAAGUGACAUCACUGCAACACUUAACAAAGAGCUGCAGUCAGUUUCAGAAUGGGUGGCAAGAAAUACGUUGGUCCUAAAUAUUUCAAAAACUAAAAGCAUUGUAUUUGGGACAAAUCAUUCCCUUAACCCUAAACCUCAACUAAAACUUGUAAUGAAUAAUGUGGAAAUUGAGCAAGUUGAGGAGACUAAACUGCUUGGAGUAACCCUGGAUUGUAAACUGUCAUGGUCAAAGCAUAUUGAUGCAACAGUAGCUAAGAUAGGGAGAGGUCUGUCCAUAAUAAAGCGCUGCUCUGCCUUAACAACUCUAUCAACAAGGCAGGUCCUACAGGCUCUAGUUUUGUCGCACCUGGACUACUGUUCAGUCGUGUGGUCAGGUGCCACAAAGAGGGACUUAAGAAAACUACAAUUGGCCCAGAACGCACAGCUGGCCCUUAAAUGUACACGGCGAGCUAACAUUAAUAAUAUGCAUGUCAAUCUCUCCUGGCUCAAAGUAGAGGAGAGAUUGACUUCAUCACUACUUAUAUUUGUGAGUAGUAUUGACAUGUUGAAUGCACCGAGCUGUCUGUUUGAACUACUAGCACACAGCUCAGACACCCAUGCAUACCCCGCAAGACAUGCCACCAGGGGUCUCUUCACAGUCCCCAAGUCCAGAACAGACUAUAGGAGGUGCACAGCUCAUGCUAGCAGUAAAAUCAGAUAAAAAUGCACCUUAUGGAACAGCGGGGACUUUGAAGAGACACGCACAGACACACACACGUACUCAGAUUUUGUGGUAGUAGAGUAGUGGCCUGAGGGCACACGCAUAAUGUGUUGUGAAAUGUUUUGUAAUGUAUAUAACUGCCUUAAUUUUGCUGGACCCCAGGAAGAGUAGCUGCUGCCUUGGCAGGAACUAAUGGGGAUCCAUAAUAAAUACAAAUUAUUAAAGGGAUACUGCAAAAAUGUUUUUCUAUUUACCCAGUCAGAUGAACUAGUGGAUACUAUGCUAGCGUACCUGUAGACUUCCAGUCAUUGCGCUAACGCUAGUUAGCAUUGACUCGCGAAACUACCUCUAACUUCCUUCAAACUGCACACAGUGACAUAAAUGGUAUCCAGGAGUUCAUCCGACUCUGGGUAAGUAGAAAAACAGUAUCCCUUUUUAUAUAUGAAUUAAUUAAAGUUGAAUAGCUGAGAGAUUAUGUAUGAUUUGACCAGUCUCUGUAAUAGGGAUCAAUGGUAAUGAUGACAUGCGGACUGGAUACCUCCUCUCUCUCUCUCCUCCUCCGUUUUAUACUCUGUUCUAUCAAGUUUAUUUACAAGGGAUUACACACAAUGAAUACAUUUCACCAGAUUUCUAAUUUCAAUCUGUCUCUUGACAGAUUGUGGUGGGAGUGAGGAGUGCCUCCUGUCUGUCUCUCUCUACAGGAAACAUGUAGUUCCUCAGCUGCUGAAGCUCUUCAAGGUCAACGAGGAACACGUCCGGGUGGUGCUGCUGGCUCACAUGCACGUCUACGCUGAGUCUUUCUCCCACGACGAGCUAAAGAACCACAUCCUACCUCAGGUCAGACACACUCUAGAACCACAUCCUACCUCAGGUCAGACACACUCUAGAACCACAUCCACCUCAGGUCAGACACACACUCUAGAACCACAUCCUACCUCAGGUCAGACACACUCUAGAACCACAUCCUACCUCAGGUCAGACACACACUCUAGAACCACAUCCUACCUCAGGUCAGACACACUCUGGAACCACAUCCUACCUCAGGUCAGACACACUCUAGAACCACCAUCCUACCUCAGGUCCGACACACUCUAGAACACAUCCUACCUCAGGUCAGACACACACUCUAGAAACCACAUCCUACCUCAGUUCAGACACACACUCUAGAACCACAUUCCUAACCUCAGGUCAGGACACACUCUGGAAACCACAUUCCUACCUCAGGUCAGACACACCAACAUCCUACUCAGGUCGACACCUAAACAUCCUACCAUCAGACACAUCUAGAACCAACCUCAGACAUCACACAUCCUACUGUCAACACACCAACCAUCCUACCUAUCAGGGGUCAGACAACCUCUAGAACCACAUCCUACCUCAGGUCAGACACAACUCUAGAACCACAUCCUACUAGGUCAGACCACAUCAGACCAUCCUACCUCAGGUCAGACACACUCUAAUAGAACCACAUCCGACCUCAGGUCGAACACUCUAGAACCACAUCCACUCAGUCAGUCAGAACACACACUCUAACACACUCUAGAACCACAUCCUACCUCAGGUCAGACACACUCUAGAACCACAUCCUACCUCAGGUCAGACACACUCUAGAACCACAUCCUACCUCAGGUCAGACACACUCUAGGAACCACAUCCUACCUCAGGUCAGACACACUCUAGAACCACAUCCUACCUCAGGUCAGACACACUCUAGAACCACAUCCUACCUCAGGUCAGACACACUCUAGAACCACAUCCUACCUCAGGUCAGACACACACUCUAGAACCACAUCCUACCUCAGGUCAGACACACCUCUAGAACCCACAUCCUACCUCAGGUCAGACACACACUCUAGAACCACAUCCUACCUCAGGUCAGACACACACUCUAGAACCACAUCCUACCUCAGGUCAGACACACACUCUAGAACCACAUCCUACCUCAGGUCAGACACACUCUAGAACCACAUCCUACCUCAGGUCAGACACACUCUAGAACCACAUCCUACCUCAGGUCAGACACACUCUCUCACGUCAGACAGACCCUUUUCAUAUUUGCUGAUGUUACUGACUGGGUUAGAAGCCAGGUUGUCCAUUUGCUGCAAGACUGUUACCCCCACUGAGCUGAAAAUUAGGGGUCUCCGGCAAGUUACUUACCAGAUGAGCAUGGUUCACCUAACCACCUCCCAUAAGCUCAUGCAGAAACAUCAUACGCUAAUGCUAGAACCACAGACCUGUUCAGUAUAUAUUGUCUUUGCUGGGGUUGCAUUGAAUGUGUUGUGCGGUUUAGAAAACAUCGCUGUUUCAGUUCAAGAUGUCUUCCUCUCUCCAGGUUUUGCUUGGGAUGAGAGACACAAACGAUUCUCUGGUUGCCAUGACGCUGCAGAGCUUGGCAGUACUGGUGCCGUUAUUAGGUGCCCAGGUGGUGGUGGGCGGGGAGAGGACCAAAGUGUUCAAACGCACCAGGCCCAACUUCACUAAGUCUGCAGAGGUCACCCCAGAAAGUAAGAAACACAGAAAAGAUAACGUAUCUUUUUGAUGUCGUAUAUAACUGCACUACUGCUAGUCAUAGUUCCCUACAAAACAAUUCAUCCUUACCUUCUCUCGCUCUAGCCUCUCCAGUUCACAUAGUUGGGGGGUCCCAUCCACAGAUGGCCCAGCCCUCUAAGGUCCUGAGUCUGUUCCCCAAACCGGUAGCAGUGAGAGGGGGGCUGGUCCUGGGGAACAUAGACAGCCUUCAGGCCAGAGAGACCCCCAGGAUAUACCCCCUGGCCCCCAAAUCAGGUAAGGAAGUAACACUGGGAACCUUAACUCUUUCCAAUUCACUCAUAUCCAGUGGUUGACGCUUAAACCAGUCAUCUGACCCUUAUUCCAGGUAGUAGUAGAGAGAUGUCUCUACCCCUGAACGGCUUCAGCAAAAACAAAGAGGAGGAGGAGUCAUCCUACAGUCCCGACCAGCCAGAAGGCCAGAGUCAGGCUGAGGACUGGCCAGAUUGGAGUGACCCGGAGGAGGGGGAGAAUGAACAAGAGCAGCCAGUCCAGAUGCACUUCCAGGCCUCAGACCGAACGCGGGACCAAGAAGAGGAACCGUGGGAUGACUUAGAGGACACAGAGCUCACCUCUGACCUCUCCCCCACCGCGCCCAUACCAGAUCCUGUCGUCCUGACCUUUCCACCCAGAGGGGGCGCCACUGCACCACCACCACCACCACCACCACCCAUCAGUCUGACAGCCGAGCCCCUGAGAGGAGGAUCCAAACCCCUCAAACUGAGCUGUACCGUCAAGGCCUCAGAGAGGAAGACAACAGCCACGUCUCCCUGGGACAACGGCUGGGGGCGGGAAGAGGAACAGAAAACUAACGACGAGGCCAGGCCCAGGCUGCACACCGCACGCAAGGAUGGUGGAACGAGGGUUCUGGGAGAGGAGUUCACCAUCGAGGUGAAGAGGAAGCCGGAGAGAGACCCGGAAUUUGACUUCUUUGCAGACAUGGAGCCGGACAUUAAACUGUCGUCUGCUGCAGCUCUGCUGCUGCCUGUGAAGAGCGAUGUUGGUGAUACUGGGCUGCUCACAGCCGCACCGUCAGAACUCACUGAUCCAUCUGUAGACACACUAACAAUCACCGCCAAGUUCGCAGCUGCUGACCAGACAGAGGUGAGUCCAUGUGAAUGGAACUGA